UAAAAAAAGGCUCGUUUUUCACGCAAAAAAAAAACCGCCCAAUUGGGCGCGUGAACCCGACCCAUCUGCCAACAUUGCUCGUGGAGGCUUCAACCCACGACCUCCUGACACAAGAGACAACAGCGCGAGCAACGCGACGGAGUCGGCCUGACGUUGGGAUACUGGGAAAGGAAUAACCGGUCGCCGUCUUACCGGCGCGUUGAGCCGCUGAACGACCCCAAGCAGCGCCCUCCACUCACUGCGCAGUGCGUCGCGGCUCCCGAAAAGGCCUUUGCCCGCGCUUGCGCGGGUUGACGGUGUCUUCGCUGUUUGGUCAGAUCAUUUGCUCGGUAUUCCAAUGAUGUGCAGUCUCUGCCACCAAACUUGAAGGACAAAUUGCUUAAAAUAAUGAGUAUGCAGAGUGCUGUUACAGAUGAGAACAUAAGUCAGGUGUUGCAUCCAGGGCUCCAGAAACUGGACCUUCGUGACUGUAACAUUUCAGAUGAUGGAUUGAUGCUGCUUCAGGUUUGCACACAACUGCGGAAAAUCAAUUUAAAUUCCCGACAGUAUACGCUCUCCAUAACCUCAGAAGGUUUAAAAGUUGUGGCGUCAUCCUGCCCCCAUUUGUCGGAAGUAUGCCUCAAACGGUGUAGAAAUGUUUCAGAUGAAGGGAUAGUUGCCCUUGCACAGCAGUGCAAAUUGCUACAAAUAAUAAACAUCGGAGGCUGCCUGAGUAUCACAGAUGCCAGCUUGCAUGCAUUGGGGAAGCAUUGCAGAUUCUUGCACAGUGUUGACUUUUCAGCAACCAAGGUUUCAGAUGCUGGGGUCAUUGGAUUGGUGAGUGGUGUGUGUUCACAAAUAAUAAAGGAAAUUCAUAUGAACCGAUGUGUAAACCUAACGGAUGAUGCUGUUGAAAGUGUGCUCAUCAAUUGUCCUCAAAUUUUUAUUCUACUUUUCCAUGAUUGUCCUCUCAUAACAGAUCGUUCACGAGAAGCUCUAGAACAGUUAGUUGGCCCCAACAAAAUCAAACAAGUGACCUGGACUGUUUACUAAUGAUCUUCUCUACGCUACUUGUCAUUCAGUAAUUUAAAAAAAUAUUGUGUGGCAAUGUGCAGUGCAUCAACUAAUAUUUUUUGUAUACCAGAGUAAAAUUUCUGUUUGGAUUAAUUUGGGUUAACCAUAAUCCAUGUGUUGAAUUUAGUUGUGUUGAGGACAUCCGUUGCUUAUGUAUGAUGUAUCGAUACUGUCCCUGUUACAUUUCUUAUGAUGUGAAAAUAAAUUUACUGAAAAUGCAUUUACGAUUUUGAUUACAAAGCAGGAGUAGUUAUAAAAAAACGAUGGCUUAAUUUCAAUGUUGAUUUAUCAUUUAAAUUAUAGACAGCGAUAGCCAUAAAUUAAAAAGCAUAUAAAAGAA